AUGUCCGAAGUUGUUAAAGAUAUAGGAAAAGUAUGGGACAGAAUUUUUGACCAUAAAGGAUUUUUGAGCGGAGAAAUUGCAUUUAUGUUACGUGAAUUCCAAACCAAACGAAAUGAUAAAGAAGUUGAUAGCUUAUUCAAUGUUAUAGAAAAUAUCACAGAAAUCAAAGAUACUGGAAUUGAUAACUUGGUUCAGUUGCAAGAUCAUGUAGAAAACAUCUAUGAACAACUUGAUGAAGCCCUAAAUGAAUGUAAUAGAUUUACAAAUUUAGAAGAAACCAUUAAAACAGAUACAACUAUAGAAGAUAUUCAGUUCAAACGUAAACUUGCAUGGGAGGAGUUCAUGGAAACAAUAUAUUCAGAAAUUGAUAGUAAUUUCAAAGAAAAAGAGCUGGAUAUUGCUCAACUAUUUGAGGAUAUUGAGAAAAAACUGUUCAUUUGA